UGAAUCUCGUCACUACUUCUACAAAACGACCAUAGUGGAAGGUGAAAAAAACUUUGAAAACAAAAACAAGGCGUCCUUUUGUAAUAGAAGACAUACAUAUCGUUCGUGGAACUCUUGAAUCUCGUUUGAAACCGUUUCAUCAGACGUCACAUUAUCGAUCGCUGGAAAAUCUGGCCAAUUUUCUAGGCUUCUCUACUUGAUAAACGCAUCGGGAACAUUAAUUAUCAAGGCUCUCCGGUUGACAUUUAAAGGAAGAUUCUGAAGCGCCACGGUUUUGAUUUCCCCCCAAGUCCAUGGAUGCUCUCAGGAGAAUAAGCGUUUUAUUAUUUCUCUUCUCCACUGGGUUGCAGACAACUGUUUCCAGUCAUCUGGGACUAGGCGUUGAGCUGGGAAGGUGUCGCACUCGAUGUUUACAGUUUCUCACUUUGGAAGUGAACGAUGAAGAAUGUCAGAAGAACGGGAACUGUAAAAUGUGCUGGGAGACCUGUGAAUUCCUUCAGUGGGAGCCAAGCAAGUGGAAUGUAAUGUGUAAUGCACCUCACAUAUGUUUUCCUGGUUGUAAGAGCUCUUGUGAAUUCUGGGAUCACCACUCUACAGCGAUAACACAAAAUCCCCUUUAUGAGCUUCUAAAGCCCAUCCAAGUCAAGAAUAACAACGGAGCUUUACGCUUAGAGUGGAUACCACCUGUUUCUGAAAAAAAUUCAGAGCGUUUCGUCUAUAUUUUAAGCAGCCGGGAUGUUAAUGAUACUUUUAGUGACUGGUAUACAGAUAUUCAAACCGCUGACAUGUGGGUUGAGUAUGAGGCCACCUCGUUUUCGAACCUGUCGAAUACCAAGUAUCAAUUCCAGUUGAUUGUGGUUAACGAAAAUGGAACUGUGGCGAUUUCUGAGACAGAGACGCUCGAUCUUUCUCAUUUACAUGCUCCCUCACAUCAGCCUGACAACCCACUUAAUAUCUCAGUGAUUGUAGAGAGAGACAACAGUUCUACAUUUGCUUAUGUCCACUGGCAGCAGAUGUCUGCAGAACGCACUGAUUACAGUGUCUUCUGGGGAAUGGAGGACUGCAACGUGAAUAGAUCUCUACCCUACUGCACUAUCCCGCCUGACUACUUUGCCACAUAUAUAACAGACAGCUUGGAAGGGGAUGUUGAAGUCAAGCUGAAUGCAGAUUUAACAUUCAAUUCAAAGUACUUUGUGCAAGUUGAAUGCAGCACAACUGGUAUGGUGUCCCCCAAGAUUUUCUUCUGCACCCCUGGGUGUGAGAAUCCAGACCCUACCUUCACUGUGUGUCUCCCAGAUGAAGUUAUUGAAAAAGACCAUAACACUCCCUCACGUCAGCCUGACAACCCACUUAAUAUCUCAGUGAUUGUAGAGAGAGACAACAGUUCUACAUUUGCUUAUGUCCACUGGCAGCAAAUGUCUGCAGAACGCACUGAUUACAGUGUCUUCUGGGGAAUGGAGGACUGCAAUGUGGAUAAAUCUCUACCCUUCUGCACUGUCCUGCCUGACUACUUUGCCACAUAUAAAACAGACAGCUUGGCAGGGGAUGUUGAAGUCAAGCUGAAUGCAGAUUUGACUUUUAAUUCAAAGUACUUUGUGCAAGUUGAAUGCAGCACAACUGGUAUGGUGUCCCCCAAGAUUGUCUUCUACACCCCUGGGUGUGAGAAUCCAGACCCUACCUUCACUGUGUGUCUCCCAGAUGAAGUUAUUGAAGAGGACGAUAACAUUACAGUAACUGCUACUACCUGGGCCCCCAUUUGCCAUAACCUAACCUAUAGCCACAGUGAGAACAAGUGGGCAGUAGUCAUCUCGUGGCCUCCCCCUGCCCAAGGUGUUCCCAUUAGAUACAAUGUGUCCUGGAUGACAGACUUCAGAGAAGGCGACAGCAUGUACAGUGCAGGUCAAACAUCUACUACAGAGAACCAUGUGGUGCUGAUGUUGCCUGGAGGACAACAUUAUGAAGUUUUGGUUAUGGCAGUUUACAGUGAUCCAAAAGAGUCCCAAUACAGUGAUUACUUGUAUUUCAAUUUAUUAGCCAAGGUUCCUCAAGUUGAAGCAUCCAAGAAUGGUACAACAGAUGGGAUUAAAGUAGAGGACACCAACGUUAGUCACUUGCUCAUCAUUGUCUCAGUCACUGCCAGUGCUGCAGUGGUCAUUUUCAACCUCGUCAACUGUUUUAUUUGUCGUUGGAAACGUAACAAAACCAUUGAGACUAAAGCAAGGGCCAUGGCCAGAAAUAACAGUUACAAGUCUUGCUCCAACAGUCCUGGCUUUUACCCUAGUGACCAGUUGAUCUCAGUACAGGACAAGUGGGAGAUCGCCCCUGCAUUUCUCACUUUUGGUCACCAGCUUGGGCAAGGGGCAUUUGGCAGGGUUCUUACGGGGUCUUAUAAUGGCAAGAGAGUGGCCAUCAAAAUGACCAAGAAAAAUGCUCCACCUUCUUACAAGGAAGACCUUCUGGCAGAAAUCUGCUUGAUGAAGAAGAUAGGUGCCCAUCCUAACAUUGUUUCUUUGAUUGGCUCCUGUACAGUGAGAGAACCCCUGGCUCUAGUAAUGGAAUACAUGCCCCACGGAAACCUUCUCCACUUUCUUAGACGUUGUCGUUUUGAAGGUCAGCUUAAGACAGAAGGCGCAAAACAGAAAGCCAUUGAAUACCCAAUGAUAAAUGAAGAUGGCAGCAUUGAACAAGAAACCAUCACAUCUAAAGAGUUGCUAUCAUUUGCACGCCAAAUUACUCUGGCCAUGGAAUACCUGUCUAGUAAAGGGAUUGUCCACCGUGACAUAGCUGCCCGUAAUGUGUUAGUGGGGAAGGACAAGCUGGUCAAGCUGUGUGACUUUGGUUUGUCCAGGGACAUCUACAAAGAACUCGAGUAUCACAAGGACACCAGUGGUAAGCUGCCGUUGAAGUGGAUGGCCCCAGAGAGUUUGAAGGACUGUGUUUAUACAGUGCAGAGUGAUGUGUGGACAUUUGGGAUCCUGCUAUGGGAGAUAGCCACACUGGGUGCUUCUCCAUACCCAAACAUUGCCCUGCCUGACCUAUUCUCUGAACUGGACCAGGGAACAAGAAUGAGCAUCCCCAAGAACUGUUCUACUGAACUGUAUAUUCUAAUGCUGCAGUGCUGGCACAAAGUCCCCAAGAGGAGACCCAGUUUUACUAGCCUUCGACUUGCACUGGAAGACAUGAUGAGCCAGGACAGUGAUUACCUGGACCUUGACAACAUCUUGGAGUCUGCCCUAGAGGACGAGAGAGAUGACUCAGUGCAAGAAUGUAGGGUAGACAUAUUUGCUGACAAGACUGAAACAUUGCUGCCCAGGGAAAGAGAGGGCCAGGAUGAGGAAGAGGAAAUUCGAGACCAGCCAUUCACGAGAAAGCGCAGCUUAAAACAGACCCUCUCCCAGUUAUCCAACAUCCUAGAUUCACCAAACCUAUUGAAGAAAGGCAGCCUGAAGAGCCAGAAGUCAUGUGGUUCUAACUUCGGCUCCCCAAGGCUGUCCAUCAAAGGCAGUAUCCGUAGGAAGAUGUCGAUUAAACACAGCCGAUCCAAGGAGAACCUCAUUGAUGAUGAUGACAAGGAUGAAAGCGGAUGUGAAAGUUGCAGUGAAACUCAGUUAAAUAACCUGAAUGAAGAGGAUUUUUCCUACCAGGAACAGCACCUACAUGCCUUAAAGUCUACACAUCUUUAGAGAAACAUCCGGUUUCUUUUUUUGUUCUAAUCAAAUGUUUAAAACUUCUUGAUAUUUGUUUGACUUGUUUUGUAAUAAUACAAAGAUGUUUUAACUUUGUCAAUGAUUAAAAGUUAGUGACAUAAUAUCACAUAAUAUUGCCAAGUGUCUCAAUUUUAUAGCACUUUACACUAUUAAAUGCCAAUCUAGUAAACAAUGUAAUUUUUUUCAAAUAUUACAUUUCAGAUUGAAAUAUAUCCCGCAAUUAGAUUUAAGGGAGAUUUCUUUAAAUUUAUUUCUUUUGCUAAUAUUUGCUAUAUUUAUGUGCACUGCUUAAAAAUGGACAAACUAUGAACACAAUCAUUAUUUAUAAUUCAGUUAUUUUAUUAAAACUAGAUAUAUAAGUUGUAGAUCUUAAAAUAUAGCUACUAUUUAUGUAAUUUAUUAACAAUGGGCUCAUUCUGGCAAGCAAUUUGUCUCUUUAACAUAGGUGAAGAAUUUUACCCAAAGCCAGAUAAAAAAUUUGAGUCAAACAGUGAUAAGUGCAAUUUUCACUCAGAAUAUUUUGAAAAUUAUUUAACCAGAGCAAAUUAUUUGGAGAAUCAGAGAAUAAUGAUUUUUGCCAGCAUGACCUCAGUUUCCCAUGUAUGUAAUUUAAGAAAUGUAUUUAAAAUAUAAUUAUAUUAAAUAAAAUUAAGUGUUUUACCAGUGAACAACAGUUUCUUUGAUAAAGGUCCCUUUUUUCAUUCCAUGGCAGAUACAUAUCAUCACCAAGUGUCCAGAUAAAACUGAAUGUUGUAAAAAAAAAAAUACUGAUAAUAACUGUAAAAUAUUGUAGCUCUGCAAAAACUUUUUAAAAAUCUGUUUAACUGUAAAAUGCAGCAAAGAAAUAGGCGAUAAGGAGAGAUAAUAUAAUAUAAUUAAUUAUACAGUAAUACUGUACGUAUAUAGUCAUAAUUUGUUGCUUAGGCCAUACAAAAUUGAUAAGUUGGUUAUCAAGUGAGACUUUAUUCAGACCCGAGCAUGCCUUAGACAUUGGUUUGGCAAAUGGGAGAAAUUAACAACUGAUCCCAAGAAAAACCUUAUUGCUUUUUUUUUCUCUCAAAUUGCCCAUACUGUGGAUUACCUCUAAAUGAAAUAAAAUAAAAUAAAAUGAAUUAAAUGACACUGAGGUGCUGCUCAAUAACCAACUUAUCAACAUUGUCUGGCCUACUUGUUUUAUUAUAUUCUUUUAUGUAGAGAUAACAUCAGCAAAAAUGUGGAUGGACUGAGGAAGAGCUGGUACCUGUUAGAUAAUAGGAUAUCAACAAGUGAAUUCAAUGUAUUUUGUAUUUCAAAAACAGCAGUCGCUAACAUAAGAUUGGACUCUUAAAAUAAUUACUUAAAUAUUUAUGAUUACUUUAUGAUCUUAAAAUAAUUACUAAAAUAUUUAGUUCAAUUCUAUUCUAAAUUUUACCUGGAAUCAACAUUCCAACUAUGAAAUACAAAUUCAUAAAAUAUAUUUUUGAAUUAAUGUUUGCUUCAUAAUAAAAAUGUUAUAUUUUGACAUUGGGAAUAAAAGAACAAUGCAAAAAUAAAAACAGAUUCUGUUCACUAAAAAAGAUUGGAUUUUGAAACAGCUUCAAAAAAUUAAUAUAAAUUCAUUUCCUUAAAUAAAUACAUUUGUAUCACUGUAUGGCAAUACAUGUGGAAACUCUACUAGACUAAGACAUGGUCCAUAUCCCUUUCACAAGAAAUAUGAUUACGAGAACUUUGCACCAUUUCCUGAAUAUAAAGCAGUUUGCACCCCAAUUAUCUAAAUUUCCUAAACAUGCAUCAUUCUUACCAAAAAUUUCCCAGACUGAAAACCCUCAUUGACCAACCUAUCUACAGUGGCAAGCAUGGCACUGGGGGCAUAGUUAAAUAAUAAUACAUAAAUGCAGUUUGUGGGGGUGAAACUGAAUGAAUUUUUUAUCCUUCUUGUAAUUCUGAAUAUUAAAUGAACACUAAUGUAUAAUACCAGGGAGUAACCCAGUAAAAGCAAUUAUCCACAAAAAAUCCACCCUAAAUUUCAGCCUUGUUUUUGAAAUAAUUCUUAUGUGAUACUGCAGAGUUUAUUGCAUAAUAUUAAUAUUGCAAUAAUAUGUAAGUUGUUGAUAAAGUUUAACUUUUUAUUUU